CGUCGCGCGCGACAGUCGGGAAGAUGGGACGGAAGAUGGACGCGGCGUGCACCCGCACCCGAUCGUUCCGCGUGACGAGUUAAAGGGACGGCGAGGCGUCACAACGUCUGUUAGCGAGCGUCAGCGAUUAUGCAGUCUCGUUCGGCACGCCUGUGUUGCCGCGCGAUCAGAUGAAGGAGCCCGAUCUUCGUUCCCCGACGUCUCGACUCGACGAACGGAAUGGUUUCCCUGACGCGGGUCUCUUUCGUCGCGCUUCUCUACGCGGUUUUGACGCAUACGGCAGGGUCGCGCGUACUCGAGCUGAGCGAUAGAUUUCUGGAUGCGCACCAAGAUGGCCAGUGGCUAGUUAUGAUGUACGCACCAUGGUGCGCUCACUGCAAAAGAUUGGAACCGAUCUGGUCUCAUGUCGCUCAAAACUUGCACGCAACGUCCGUACGAGUGGGACGAGUGGACUGCACUAGAUUUACCAGCAUAACGAGUGCGUUCAAAAUUAAAGGAUUUCCCACUAUUCUAUUUUUAAAGGGUGAUCAGAAAUAUGUAUACGAAGGCGAUCGAACCAGAGAGGAGAUAGUAAAAUUCGCUUUGAGAUUAAGCGGUCCUCCUGUACAGGAAAUAACGAAAACGCAGAGUUUCGACGCCAUAAAGAAGGAACGCGAUCUCUAUUUCUUAUACGUAGGCGAGAGAUCUGGAUUCUUAUGGGAACUCUAUCAUAAGACUGCGAAUAUAUUUCAAGCGCAUGCAUUUUUCUAUCAAUCUCAUCCGAGCGUCGUGAACAAGCAUGCGCCGGUAGAUAAUGUUCCGGCAUUAUUCGUAUAUAAGGAAAAUUUGCAUUAUAAUUUCACCGGAAUUGUAGGACACAACUUGAGCGACAUGGAACAAGUAAACGAGACGCUUUAUAAGUGGGUGAACGCGGAACGUUUUCCAACGUUCCCGAAAGUAACGAGAGGAAACAUAAAUCAAUUGUUCUUAACAAAUAAGAAUCUCGUUUUAGCAGUAGUGGAGGAAAAUCAACUGGAAGAAGUCGCGCCUGAUAUGCUGGAAUUCAAAGAUAUGGUUGAAUCUGUGAUCAAGAAUAAACGAAAUAAGUAUCACGAUCAUUUUCAGUUCGGUUGGAUAGGCAGUCCCAAUCUAGUCAACAGCAUAGCGAUGAUGACACUACCUAUACCGAGCUUGCUUGUGAUAAACACAACUACCAAUCACCAUCAUAUUCCUGACGAUGAAACAGAGAAGCUGACUCCAUACGUGAUAGAAUUGUUCCUAGAGCAGAUUCGCAACGAGAGUGCUCCGAGAUACGGUGGGAACAGUUGGCUAGUACGUAGUUAUAGAAAAUGGUUCGAAAUGAAAACCAAUCUGACUUCAAUGUGGAAGGGCAAUCCUAUUUUGAUGAUGGUACUGCUUGGAUUGCCGUUUGGAUUUCUGUCGUUAAUAUGUUACGGCAUUUGUUGUCCAGAUUUAUUGGACGCGAACGACGACGAGGAUGAGAAUACUGGGGCGUAUCAUAUGAAAAAUGAUUAAGAAUACGUGCUAUUAAUAGAUAUAUAGUAUUCCGAGAGACAUUUUUCAUUAUGUAUAGUGUAUAUAAGUGCUUAUGAUUGUAUCUAUAUGUUCUUAACAAAAAUUUGCCAAAGCAGUUUUAAGAUUGCGAGAAUUUUUAUACAAUACGUCAUAUUGUAUAUUUUCGACAUUCCAUAUAUUUUAUUUUCGAUCCACUUCGUACACACGAUGCUGAUUUCUUUUACGUGUUGUGUGUGUAUAUAUAAAAAAAAAUUAUGUGUAUCCCUCGAGACAAUACGACCUACCGAGUUAAGCAAAUACGUACACACUCGGAAAAAAUUUGUCUUUUAACACAGCUUUAACAAAAAGAGAAUGUAAUAUAUAUCAAAAAUUUGUAUAUUAAACACGCGUGUUCACGUAGUUUGUAAAAUCGUAUUAAACGUCAAACUAAACAUUGGCUUUUGUAUAUGUAUGGAUAAAAUAAUGAUAAUAUUUAGCAUUAUGCAAGUUGCGCGGAACUGUUGUUUAUUGUACUGUGUAGAUUGCAAGUGUGCGUGUGAUUUUUGUUUUAGGAUGAAAAAUAAUUGUGUGUUUGCUGAAUGUAUUUAUAUGUAUAAAAAAAAGAGAUCUAAAAGUAAA